CCCCCUCCACCCCCCCUUCGGCAUACAGCAUACAGCUCUGUCUUGGCGCAGGCUGGCUCUGCAGUUGCUACAGCAUCCCUUCUAUCCCCUUCAAGUCGGAACUUGGCCCGCCGCUCCUUUGCCCCAUCCCACCCUAACUAACUGCGCACGAAACCCCGCGCAUAUUGUAUCAACUAUGCCCGCGAGCCCACGCUCAUCGACGAGCUCGGAUUCCUUCACCUCCGGCCGCAACUCCCCGUUCGACGCUUAUGAUUCCACCGCCGCCCUCAUCCUCGUUCCGGACGUAGAGGAGACUACCCCGACUGGGGCCGCGUUCGAUUUUUCGAGCGACGAUGACGAGCCAGAGGAUUCGGACCUCCAGCUGGAACGUCUUCGGAAUUCCCCAAUCCCCCCGCUCUCCUCUAUUUCUGUCUUCCUGUACCUCUUCGCGCCGUUCCUUAAGCUUGGUGCACUUAUUAUCCCGUCCUUGGAUAUACCGCUCAGGAUCGCCGCACCUGCUCUCUUGCUCUUCGCGGUGCUAUCGGCGUUCACGCGGCAUCUGUGGUACAUGCUCGCCCGCUAUGUCAGGCGAGCAGACUUGGAGGAAAUCGUGUUAGAGACAUUCGCGCGGGGCAGAGGAAAGGAAGGACGGAGGACGGCACUUCGCCAGGUCGUGCGGCUCUCCACCCAAUUAUCGAGGAUAUCUCUCGCUGCGUUGUACCUGCGAUUGUCUGUGGAUAUGCUCCUCACAUACUUCCCGGAUGUCCUCACGGUGCCCUCGAGGCUGAUCACGACUAUUGUCCUCGUGGCGUUCAUCGCGCCCCUGUAUUCCGCCCGCUCUCUUGGUUCCAAGGGCAUCAUCUACGCUUCAUGGGUGUCCAUAACGGCCUACGCCGCGUGGUUUGCGUGUACGAUUUAUAUGCAUACCAAGCAUAUAGUCGAGCCUAUCGCCUAUUCCUCCUCGCUUGGUAAACUUUGGGAUGGAAUACCUACCUUUGCGUUUGCCUUCGCCACAUCCUCCACCGUACCUCUGUACGCCUCAUUGAAGGGAACCGUCGAGCCGGUGACACCGAAACCCAGACGGUCGCGAUCCUUCAAGCUCCUGUCUAUCUUAUCCUUAACACUAGCCCUAGCGUUCACUCUACCUCUUGUCUUCUUUGAGGCUUCUGCCCAUGUGCCGCGCCAGGAACUGCCCUCCGCCGAACUGAAAGCGACCGUAGCCGUAUUCGGCGCCAUCGCCCUCCUCUUCUCCAUCCCCUCGGUCCUCAUCACCACCCCCGCUCUCCCCGUCCCUUACCCUAUCCGCCGCGCCACCUCCUUACCCAUCUCGAAAGUGCUCAUCUACAUCCUCACCCCCGCGCUCGCGCUCCUCCCCGCGCACGUCACGCGCGUGGGCAGUGACCUUGUCCUCUUACUCGCCUUCCUCAGUACGUACGUCGUGCCCGCGCUCCUCCACAUCACGAUCCACUACUUCCGGCGCCCGCUGGCGAUCGUCGUUCCUCCCGCGACGCCGUCGCCCGCGCGUGUCCCGUCGGCCGAGUCGGGCAGCGACUCGCGCCACGAUGAGCUCCUGCAGCGGAAGGAGCGCACGCUGCAGCGGCGGAGGCUUGGGCGGCGGCUCGUGUGGGACUUCGGUGUGUGGGUCCUCCUCGUCCCUGUGGGCGGGGGAGGGUUCGUCUGGGCGAUCGGGAGGAUGCUGGACAAGUGGUAGUACGCGCGGUAGACUGUUAAGUGAGAUAGACGAUUUUCUCUCUGGCGCGCGGGUCGGGACGGAGGGUCGAUCGGGUCGUCUCUUGUUGUUGUAGUCUUGACGGACAUUUUGGCACCAUCACUAUUACUUACUUGUGUUGCUUUGUACUUGUACUACCAGGUCUACGUGAGCCCAUCGAGAGGCAACUUCCGAACCAAG